AUGGCUGAAUCAAGAAAAUCCUGGCUUCAAUUUCUUAGUGUAAUUUUGGUUGUUCUUCUUCUACUAGAAGCAGCAGAGAGCAGGGUAAGCAAUAAAGACAUGAUAGACCUCUAGUUUUGUGACUACCUCAUUAGUAGCAAGUUCAUCUCCUCAUUAGUCAAUCUAACUGCACUAAUUAAAUGAAACACGACUUAAAAUGGGGAGUCGCCUUACUUUGGAAAUUGUUCAUCUUACACGGCUUUAAAUUUACUGAUCAGAGGACAAUGCUUAGAGCUAGAUCAAAAUGCGGCAAGCCGUAGCGAAGGGCAUUUGUCCCAGUUCCAUCCAACAGGCAUUUUUACGAUAACGUUGGUAUAUGUGGAAGACUGAGCUUUCAACGUCCUCACCUACAAAGGAUUCUUAAACAGACAAAACAGGAAAAAUCAAUCUUCAGACUUCUUGACAGAGUUCCAAAUUCUUUAUGUUUAACCUUUUGCGGUUUUGACCUGGUCCUAUUUAACGAAUUUCACUAUAUGUUUGAUAAUUGGGUACUCAGCCGGCCGGCUAAAUGGAAAGCAAGAUUACACAACUAAGCCUGGCGAGAAUGAGGCUGUUGCAUCGUAUAAGGGCCACCAAUUGCAAACACAGGACUGUUGUCUAUGGAUUUGUCGCAGACAAAAUAUAAUGCUCAGUAGCUAUUGACAAGACGCCAACAUAAAUAUAUCAUCACAAGACCUUUUAGCUCCUUUAAUUAAAGUACAGAAAGUAAUUAAAAUUUCGCUGUUCCUCGAAUACUUUCCAAAAUACAAGCUAAGGAGCAUUUCCUAACUUUUAAUGACAAUUCAGAGCAAAUCUACAAGAGUCUCUCCAUUCCAUCACAAAUUGAGUUCAUCGCGUUUCUAUUAUUUGACCCAUGUGAACAUCUUAAUUCGUUAUUCGUAGCCUCCUGAAAGUUUUCUGCCUCACUCACGAUAUCUCCCUUACCAAAAGUUCCUGUUCAAUGUUCUAGUUCUCUGUUUUUGAAGAGGGGAGGAAGAGAGUUUCUUAAAUAAUUCGCACAUUACUUGUAUUCGUGAUGACUUUAAGGAGUGGCGUAGUUUCUCAAGGCUUCUUUAGAAGGUCAAUGUCCAGAUCAUUAAAUAUUGAGCUUCUUAUUUGAAUCUAAGAUUUCCGUUUAGCCAUCCAGACUCCAUUGAAAGCGGAUACGGGAAAAUUGCGUCAAUCUCAGUGUCGAAGAGAAUUUUGAAGACCUCACAAGGUCUGAAUACUGUUAAUAACAGACUGAUAAGAGCUUUUAAACUGUUUUUCUUGGCUUUAUAAAACCAAUCUUGCCCUUAGUCUUGAAACCUUAGGGGAGACCUUAAUCCGUGACUUGAAACCGAAGGAGAUGAAGAUGGUCUUGUUAUCAUAAUACUUUUACAUGUGAAUUCCCCUCAACCCCUUCCCCCCCCUCCCUACGCGCUAAAGAAAAGGUCAAAAACAAAAGAUUACUUUUCUUUAAAGUAUACUCGUCUUAAGAGAGAUGUCUGGUUAACGAUACCAGUAGCACUGAAUCUCUCCCCCUCCUUGCGUAAACCAAAAAAAAUCGCUUUUCUUUUAUGAAUACUCGUCUUAGGAGAGAAAUAUCGGCAACAAUACAAAUAAAUGCAUCUACAUCUACAUCUACGCAGUUCGGAAAGCCGCAGAAAAAAAAUUUAUCUUUCAACUCGGCACUCUGAAUUCCCACGGUAUGAAUGAACGCUUUUCAUUGAACUAGUUCGUGAUUGUUUUUCUUGUUACUAUGUUGUCACCAAUAGUGUAGCCCCAUUUACCGCAUGUAAACACACACACAAUCCACAAUUCCUCCAUUCGCUCAGCUUUGAAACUCGGAGGCCAAUGUAUGUUAGCAACUCAGUCGAUAAUGCUAAAUUACCUGAUAAUAUAGAUAGCCCUGGAGUCUUAGGCCUGAAACCGAAUUCUUAAUAAGGGUAACCAACAUCACUUUUCACCCGAACCGGGAACAAAUAUUUGUUUUAUCACCAAUUUUAUUUCGCCAAAACAUCGUUCCCAAGUUUUCAAAGGUAAAUGGACGAAAGUUUCGGAAAGCCACGGAAAUAGCAAUUGUCGUCGAAGGGGUACUUUCCUCACAAUCUCCGUGUGACCGAUCGAUUUGCAGGAUUACACCUGGAAGCAUACUUCCUGGGGUUUAAAUAUUGUUCUUGCUUGAGGGAUUAUCCAUCCACAGCAACCGCAGUGUACUUCUCAAUCUAAAGAACUAUAAAUUGAUGCCUUGUUAAUGCAGAUGUUUUUUUUUCCAAAAUGUGUGCCAUUUUGGCCUCUAAUUAUGUCUUAUUACCAAUACCCUGCUCCAAGUGAUAAAAUGAAUAUAUAUCUUGAACAAGACGGGAAAAGCUCCAUUCGUUUAAUCAGACUUAUCGUUUGAAAUAAAACAGUUUUUAUUUGGUAAGAAAAUACUCACUUUACGGCAAACUGUCUUGCUUGCCUUAAGCAGAUGAUUUGUCUCCUGUAUGGCUGCUCUGUAUCUGAUGUAUUUGUGCAAAUUUAAAACUGUCUUCCAUCUUUAAGUUUGAGAAAAAGGGGAAAGGUAACAAAAAAAUAAGGGAAAUUAUUCAAAUUGCUCUUGAUCAGAACUGACACUUUUUUUACGAGGGAUAGAGAAAAUGAGUUCCGGAUGAUAAGACGUUCUCCGAUUGCAAACCAAGGGAAAUCGUUUUAAGAUCCAUUUCUUGUUAGCAGAUUAACUUCGAACAAGGCCACGUCAAAGCCGCAAUGGGUGUCUGUCAGCGUGGAAAAUCAGAUGGUAGCGGAAAAAAAUAGAGAAUUCUUUAUUCUCUUUGGGUGCACUACAUGGAACUAACAAGAUUAAUACUUCUUGUAGACAUGGUGGUCCCACAUUAUAAACUUAAGCCUGGAUAAAAGUGAAGUAAAGUAGAUUUACCUUUCCCCUUAAGUUUUCACAUCCUUAUAAACGAGACAAACAUACUUCUCAUCCAAAUCAUGUACAUGAGGAUAGGGAAUAUUCCAAAUAUAUCGAGAAUCCUCAGAAAUUUUGAUUAAACCGAACGUGUGUCGAUUACACCGUAUGUCGGUAUCACUUGAGCACGAGUAUUGUUCGUUUGAUGGUUUCAGUUGAAAUGUGAAUGGCGAUACGGCAUAUUUUAAUAAAAGAGUUGCUCGAAACGCUAGACUUGAAGGAAAAAAUGCACCUAAGCGUUCGUAUGUCAUUACCUCUCAAGGAGUCACCUUAAUUAUAAUCUCUUGCAAUCAACACGGAUUAUCCUUUGAAUCCUCCACAAAACCAUGAUGUAAUGCGUCCGGUUCAAAAUAGGGAGACAUUUUAGAUUUGCAAUAAUACAUCGGUAUCGUCACUCUCCCAUACUUAGAAAUUCAUUGUAUUUAUGCUGUUUUUGAUCAAUCUUUGAAGUUCCAUUCCAUCGGUGGCUGUUAAAGUUCCAAUAUUAAUUAAUUAAGUUAAACUAGAAAUAGGAUGCACGGCACAUGUCUCCAUUGAGUAUAAAAUAUUGAGUGGUGCCGAACAGAGGAAAUCAUUGCCUAAAAGUGUUAUUGUAUAAAUGCUGUUGAGCAAAAUACACGAUUGCAUUUUCCACAAUGUAUUACACACCGUUAAUGCAAACAGCCUCUCACACAAUGACUUGUGCUGUGCACGAUUAAAAAUGAUUGUAAAAUCUCUAACGUAAUAAAUGAAAAGUUAUACCUUUGAAGCAAGCGACAUGCUGUUAUGCUGGCAACACCCCUUGCGGCUGUGAUACAAAACUUAUGAUGACCACUCACAAAUUUUUUUAGUAGCCUUUAAUCGAAAUCAGUCCCUAGAAUCAAGUCGUAAUGAAAAUAUGCCCCGUUAAAUGAAUGUUCUUAAUCUUUUCUUAACCAUUUGCCGCAAGCAUUAUAGAGUCAUGGUAGAAAUAAAUACCUAUCGUAAAAUAACGCAAUAUGAUUUUGGUGUUUUCUCUUGAACGUUUAGCCGCCCAAGAAAGGGAAGAAAAAGUCUCGCGCUAAGCAAUGUGGAAACGAGGGUCAUCUUUGCGAAUCAGGAUCAAGGAAGGUAAGGAGUGGAACAAUUAGCUCGAAGUCGAAUAAUUUUACAAGCAAACACACAAAAAGCAGAUUAACAAAAAUUUUUGGAGGUACGUAUUGCUUUGCAUAUCCACGCAUAGAGAACUUUAGCACUGAUUAGUAAAGCAAUCCAAGUACGUUUCAUCGUUUAUAUAUAAACUGAAUGCCUGCCCUUUACAUCCGGGGGACAAUUGCAAAAUUAAUUGAAGAAAUUUUUUUUGUAUUUUUUUUUCCUUCCGCUGUAUCCGACGUCCGCUGUCCCUUUUUCGUCGAUAGCUUUGCUGCAGCGCCGGUUAUACUUGUCACACACCUAUCUUCUCACGCAAUAAGACGAGAAAACUCAAGAGAAGAAAAAAGUUGGGAAUGUGCAAACCAAUUAAACCGCAAGAAAAAGAAAUCGACGAAUCCCAAAAGACACCAUCAUUUAGGUUUUCAACGAAACCAACGGUGUUCUCUCGGGCGGAAAUAAAAAACUCAAGGCCAUCUCGUGGACUUUAGACAGGAUACCCAAAUGAACACAUCAUUGCCAAACCAGACCAUUACGUGGUUCUCCGCGAAGGAUAACUGGCACGAUCGACCUACAUUCUGACUUCGACUGGACAAUGCUUUCUAACUUAUUGAGACGGUGCUAUUGGCAUUAUUUAUGUUUAAAGAAUUAUUUAUAUACUUCAACAAGAAAAAUUACAACAGUAACAUAAAGGAUCAUAAACCAUUAGGUAUUUUCUAACACUAAAAAAUUUUCUAUUUAAAUUUAUUUGAUGACUUUUAAUAUACAAUUGACGUAAAGACUGAGGUAAUUUAGAAAACAAAGAAAAUACGUGGCUAAAAACUUUUUCGUGCAAGACUUUUUCCUGGUCCACGCUUAUAGUGUUUUCUUUCAACCAUCCCAAUUCAUUUUGCCAGUCAUCGGUAUAUGGAGUGUUAUUGCCAUGGCUAGCAAGGAGAAGUAUCUGGUAUCGUACUGAAGAAUAAUUACAGUCUACAUGAUCAAAACAUGUUGAGUGCACUUCGCGAUAACAUGCGAGCUUUGGUGUUACAGAGACGUCAUUGAUUCGUUGCCUUCAGACAUCUUCCGCACCUCUCACGAAACACGUGAACGUAUGGUUCAAAAUGUCAUAUUCCUGAUCGUGAGCCGUGAUUGGAGGAUGCUGAGCGAUUAAGAUUGCUUCUGCUUAUAACUGUCCGCUGCGAAAAUGAUAGAAGGCAGCAUGAAACGAAAUUGCAAGUCCAAUUGACUCCAGAACCCCAGGGCUGGCAUGUUUUCGCAAAAAAAAACUAAACAAAACAACAACAACAAAAAACAAACAAACAAAAAACUAUAUAUGCAGCUGUCACUCGUUUGUACAUGGAGUUGGAUUCCAUUGAGAAAUGUUUCCAUCGUAGAAAUGUUUCUGUCGGUUUUAGCAUGUCACACAUGUUUAUUUGAUUCGUUCCACAUAUGGGAACCAUUUGAAGAGGUUUCAGUAAAUUAAAGUAGAGUGGUGCAUCCUGUAUGUGACCCCUUAAAAGAAAGAGUUUAGUAAUUGUGGCCUUAGUAUCCGACUCUUAUGUCUUGUCGUUGCUAAUGAAAUAUCAGUAAGGGAUUUUGAAAUACCUCUGUUCAAUGGCAAGACAGAAAAAUUUACAAUGACUUAUCGUAGUAUGGAAGAAAAAUUACAAGGAAAGUAAUACUUAAGGAGACCAAACGUGUGCGGCUUAAGGAACCUGUGUGGCGGACUUCUAGCCAUGCCUUGUGUCAUAUCUUAUUUCUUUAUCUGUGAUAUAUCUGGUCUAGUUUUGAUGAUGUGGGUCUUUGUGAGAUUGGUAAAUCGUCUGUUGAAACUAUUUUUGUUCAUUUUUCACAGAACUUGGAGAAAACGUUAUAAUGUAUGAUCCACACUUUUAAGGUAUUCUAAGCUUUUCGGUAUUUAAAUUUUGCAUUUUUCCAAUUGAGUAUUAAUAAAUAACUAUUUUUAAAACGGAGAUAAAGACUUAGAAGUCGUCACUCACAGUUAAAGCAUAGAAUCAGUAUAAAUUUCUCAGUCGAAUUUUUGUUUGAACCAUAGACGCACAUGCAGUAUUGUUUAGUUUUUUAAGAAACAAGUUGUUAUUUAUAAAGCAUCAUGUUCGUAUUGGAGUGAGAUGUUUAUCGUAAGCUUUUUAUGUACCUGAGUACAAUCUAAGAUUUUACUUUUUCCUACUGCAGCUUUGUAGUAGACAGUCAUGUGUCAGACCUUACAGUCUUUUAAUGAUUAUGUGGUAACUUAUCGGAGUUUAUAUUUUCACCUUCUCAAACUCAUCGACAAUUCAUAAGGUUAACUACCAAUCACCGGAUGUAUCCCACAUCACGUGCACGCGUAUGGAUACCCAAUGAAAAAGAAUAUGCCAUUUUCAAGUGAGAAUGGUAUAUACCACUAAAAUAAACGUCUAGGCAACUUGCCUAAAAUCAAUGAUUAUCUAUUAGUCAGAAGUAACAUUAUUUGGAUAAUGCUUCAUUUUUAUAUUUAAGCCCAUUUACAGAAACGUUUACCUCAAAAUCAAUAAACUUGACCC